AAACGGAAAGCACAAAUUUCCAAAAAUUAUCCAUUGCAAUGGCAGAAAAAAAGGUAUUAGCUUGCUAUAAGAACAUACUAAGUGAUAUUAACGUGAAAUUGCGAAAUAUUGAAUUGCAUAACGUGACAACAUAUGAUGUCGACGAACAAAUACUUAUAAUUCCAAAAUGCAUUGGCUUUUACCGUCAGCCCAACCCUGAUGAGUAUCCAAUCGACUUGGCCAAGGGCUAUAAAGAUAUGAUCUUUAGCAUAUCAGAUCCUGUUCAUUAUCUGAAACAAAAAACAUUGCACUACAUCAUGUCGCAAAAUCAACGACCAAAAUUUGAUAUUUGCACAACUCGUGGCGCUUUAAAACAAAUCAAUUUCGGCCGCAAUACUAAAAUUGCGGCCAUACAUUUUAAGGAUUGUAUUUAUAUUAAGUCUCUUAAUGAUGCAUUAAACCCCUCACCACGUGAAAGUUAUCAAUAUGAGCUACGCAAGAACUUAUUUGUUGAUACGCCAGGUGAUCUACCCGAUGUAAAGAAACGGCUUGAUCAGCGGAAACAAAUCUAUGUGAACUUCAGCGCGCAUCUGGGUAUAUUUAAGAUACUUUACUCGGCUGAGAUUGCGGGCGUCGAUAAUACAGAGCCGCUAGGCGAUUUAAAAGAUCCAGGGGUACUUAAGCAGCUGCGCUUUACAAUGGCCAAAGUUCGUCAAAUGAAAAACAAUGACUAUUCGCGUGAGAAGAUAGUUGAACCUGAGUGGCUCUUUCAAGCCCAUUUCGCCGGCAUCGAGCAGCUCAGAUUGGCGUACUUCAAUGAAAAAGCAUUGGUAACACAGCCAAUUGAAACAAUUCAAGUUUCUGACUUAUAUAAGAAACAUGAAUCUAAAUUGAACAAACGUCUGCAAUUGCUGCACAGUUUUCUCUGCAAGAUCAAGAAUCUGAUGGCUGACGACGACUGUCCAUACACAACCUACGUCUUUAGCGUACGAAGCAAUUGCAUUUCGUAUGAGCGGCAUGUGGGUCAAAACAAAUACGGCUUUCUCGACGAGGAGUAUAUUAAAUUUGUCAAUGAUAAAUACAAGGAUUGAAAAGCUAUUGCUAUAAAUAU